AAAAAAAAAAAACACAGAAUUAGAAAGUUAGUAAAGCAACAAAGAGAGUUCCCGAGAUAGGUAUAUUUUUGUUGAAACCUCAACUUUACCAAACUCUCCAUUACAUUCACCGACUCCUUGCCCUUCAAACCUCCGGUCACUCCCCGGAAACAUCUCCGAUCAGGUUGACGGGUAUUAUGUUAGCUGGGUGCAUUCUGAGGGUGCCUUCUGAUCGUUAUAGGUUGUGCCACACUGUUGUAUUUUCGGAAGGAAUCCAACUAGAUUGCCCAUCCUUUGAAAGUAGAUAUGCUACCCACUGGGUUGAAAGAUAAUCAACCCCGCGAGAGCAACAAUCAAAAGGUCCACCCUCAACCCAUGGAAGAUUCUGCAAAUCAAAAUCCAGAAGCUUUGGAAGCCUUGAUAUCCAAAAUAUUUACCAACAUCUCCUCUCUGAAGUCAGCUUACAUCCAGCUCCAAUCUGCUCAUACUCCCUACGAUCCUGAUAAGAUACAAGCUGCUGACAAAGAUGUAAUUUCCGAGCUGAAAAAUCUAUCCGAGCUCAAGCAUUUCUACAGGGAAAACAACCCCAAGCCAAUAUGUGUUUCUCCUCAGGACUCUCGGUUAGCUGCAGAGAUCCAAGAACAGCAGAGCCUGCUCAAAACAUACGAGGUUAUGGUGAAGAAAUUCCAAUCUGAAAUUCAGAAUAAAGAUUCUGAGAUUCUUCAGUUGCAGCAGAUGAUUGAGGAGGCAAACCAGAAAAGAGCAAAACUGGAAAAGAAUCUUAAACUCAGGGGCUUGUCAACCAAAGAAUCAGAGGGUUCUGGAGAUGAAAGUGGUUUUUAUUCUGUGGAUCUAACCCCGGAUCUCUUCAUAUCUGCCGUAGAAACUGCUUUCAAAGCCAUUCAUGAUUUUUCUAAACCAUUGAUCAACAUGAUGAAAGCAGCCGGGUGGGAUCUUGAUGCUGCAGCUAACUCCAUUGAAUCCAACGUUGUUUAUGCAAAGAGAGCCCACAAAAAGUACGCAUUUGAGUCUCAUAUAUGUCAAAGAAUGUUCAGUGGGUUUCAGCAUGAGAACUUCUCAAUUAAAGUAGACAGUGGGGCAGUUUCAAAGGAGACUUUCUUCCACCAAUUUCUUUCUAUGAGGGAAAUGGAUCCUUUGGACAUGCUAGGUCAGAACCCAGAUUCUGCUUUUGGGAAAUUUUGCAGGAGCAAGUACCUGGUGGUGGUUCACCCAAAGAUGGAGGCGUCAUUCUUUGGAAAUUUAGAUCAGAGAAAUUAUAUAAAUGGGGGAGGGCAUCCAAGAACGCCCUUCUACCAGGUGUUCUUGAAACUGGCCAAGUCGAUCUGGCUUUUGCACAGGCUGGCUUAUUCCUUUGAUCCAAAUGUUAAGGUCUUCCAGGUUAAGAGAGGAAAUGAGUUCUCAGAGGUUUAUAUGGAAAGUGUUGUAAAAAACCUGAUAUUAGAUGAAAAUGAUCCAAAACCUAGGGUUGGUCUAAUGGUCAUGCCUGGGUUUUGGAUAGGAGGCAGUGUGAUUCAGAGCCGUGUUUAUCUCUCGGGUGUGAAGGUUGCCGAAUGAUUACCAAACCUGAACAAAUAUUUGCUGUGUUGUUUAUGUGGUGUGUUUGGAUUCAAUUUGUGUUUCCUUUAUAAUGUUGUAAUUUAUGUAAUUGUCUUUCUCGUUGAAUGAGAUGAGAAGAGAUGGGCUUUCAUAUCUUCUCUGCCCCA